UUCAGCAAUGCUUGUCACCACUUAGUUUCUCUUAAAGCCUUCCGAUGGCGCUUUCGAUGCCCUUCUUGUUGUUGCUUCUGCUCUUGUCUCUUCUGUUGUUCGGCGAUGCAAAGAAGUACGGCCAAUACAGAGGCGGGAAAUGGAAGCAUGCUCACGCCACCUUCUAUGGUGGAAAUGAUGGCUCUGGGACAAUGGGGGGAGCCUGUGGGUAUGGAGACCUGAACCAGCAGGGCUAUGGGCUGCAAACGGCAGCGUUGAGCAGUGCAAUGUUCAAUGAUGGGCUCAAGUGUGGGUCGUGCUAUGAGAUCAGAUGCACUGGGGAAGCCAAGUGGUGCCUCGGAAGGCGACGCUCCAUAGUUGUGACUGCCACAAACCUAUGCCCCCCUAAUUGGGAUCAACCCAGCGACAAUGGCGGGUGGUGCAACCCGCCCCGGCACCACUUCGACCUCGCCAUGCCGGCAUUCCUCACCUUGGCCAAGUACGAGGCCGGGAUUGUCCCCGUGGCCUAUCGCAGGGUCCCUUGCAAGAAGAAGGGGGGAAUGCGAUUCACUAUAACGGGACACCAGUACUUCAAUUUGGUGCUCGUGUGGAACGUGGGGGGUGCCGGAGACAUUGUGAGGAUGCGUGUGAAGGGCAAAAAGAUGGGGUGGGUCGACAUGAAGCGCAAUUGGGGUCAAAAUUGGCAAUCAGAUAUCGACCUCACAGGCCAGUCUCUCUCUUUUAGGGUCACUACCAGUGAUGAGAGGGUGUCCACUUCUUGGCAUGUUGUCCCCCCGAGUUGGCAAUUUGGCCAGACCUUCAUUAGCAAGAAGAACUUCAGGGCCAAGUGAGGAAGGUUUCUCUUUCUCUUUUUCUUUUUAUUUUUUUAUGCUAGGUGAAGAAGAGGAAGAUCUUUCUCACUUGGUGACGGAGAUACCUCUCUCUCUCAUUUACUGUAAAACAUUGCCUUUUAUUUUGUUUAUUUUGAUUUUAAUAAGUUUCUACAUGUUCCACUAACCUCCCAUCCCAUUUAUGUACACAAUAGAUAUGCUGACACUGGCCUUUGAAGUUUACUUUGAGAUUCACUGCAUUUGGUUCCAUUA